AUGGCUCUUCACAACCCCAAUAACUGGCACUGGGUGAAUAAGGAUGUUUCGGCGUGGACCAAGAAUUAUUUACAGGAGACGCUGUCCAAACUGUCCGCCGAAAACGAUGGCGUGACGGCCAAGAUCGAGAAGGUGUUGAGCAUGGACGGCGACGUAGAUGUCAGCCAGCGUAAAGGCAAGGUUAUUACACUCUAUGAUGUGAAGUUGCAAUUAGAAUAUGAAGGCAAGACUAAGGACGAUGAGACCGUUUCUGGUACGAUUAACAUUCCCGAAGUCGCUCAUGACACGGAAGAAGAUGAGUUUGUUUUCGAUAUCGAAGCCUACACCGAUGCUGCCUCCAAACAACCGGUCAAAGACCUCGUGCGAUCCAAGCUUGUUCCACAGCUCCGCGUAGAGUUGAGCAAACUCAGCAAGACCUUGGUUGUAGAGCAUGGCAAGGAUAUCCAACACGCCCCGGGCUCAAACCCAUCCAGCGGGUUCGCUACGCCGACCUUUCAAGCUCAGAAAUCUGCUUCCCCAGCGGCGGCCUCGACAAAGACAUCGACAGCCAACACUGGCAAGGUUUCGGUAAACACCACAACCGUCACUGCCUCUGACGAGUUCCGCACAACAGCAGAGGAGCUGUACACCACAUUCACCGAUCCUCAGCGCAUUGCCGCCUUCACCCGGGCAGCUCCUCGUCAAUUCGACGGCGCCGAGGUUGGAGGGAAGUUUUCUAUUUUUGACGGCAACGUGAGCGGCGAAUUCGUCAAGUUGGAAUCACCCAAAUCGCUCGUGCAAAAAUGGCGCCUGGCCCAGUGGCCCGAGGGUCACUUUAGCACCCAAGAAAUCUUCUUUGACCAAAACGACGUCGACCGUGUUACUGUCAUGCGAGUCACCUGGACCGGAGUGCCCAUCGGUCAGGAAGAGGUUGUCCAGCGCAACUGGGAAGGGUACUAUGUUCGCAGCAUCAAGCAGACCUUUGGGUACAGUCCCCCGUCGUCUUUUCGCACUCCUAAUCCCCGUGUUCAAUCCCCAGUGUCUUCGUCGUCGUCUUCUUCUACUUAUUUUACUUCGUCUUCGUUUUCUGGGACAAUUGUGCUGAUUUGUUUCCUUUUCCUUUUGCUUGGCAUAGGUUUGGCACGAUACUCUGAAAUACUACCAAAUAUUCUUUAA